AGGAUUUUUCGUUCGUUUGUAAAAUUAAAUGCAUAAAAGUGCAAAUUUUAAUUAAAAAUGAAUAAGACGUAAAAUUAGCAACGUCGUCAUAAAACAUAGUGCUUCUAAUUUUCUAGUUCAACAAAGACGAAAGAGAUAAUAAAUAAACAUGCUGAUAAAAUCUGGCAUCAAUGUUCUCCUGGUACUCGUUAUUGCGAGAGAAAUCAAAGCCAGUUGGGAGGAAUGGUGGACGUAUGAUGGAAUUAGUGGACCCGGCUUCUGGGGAUUGAUAAAUCCACAGUGGAACAUGUGUAACAAAGGUCGUCGUCAGUCUCCCGUCAACAUUGAGCCACAAAAACUGUUAUUUGAUCCCCACCUACACAAAUUGCACAUAGAUAAACAUAAGGUAUCGGGCACGUUAUUCAACACGGGACAAUCUCUAGUUUUCCGCGUAGAUAAGGACACAAAAAAUCAUGUAAAUAUAACGGGAGGUCCCUUGGACUAUCGCUAUCAGUUUGAAGAGAUUUACAUUCAUUACGGCAUGGAUGACGGUCAAGGUUCCGAACAUCACGUCAAUGGAUACAGUUUUCCGGGAGAGAUCCAAUUGUACGGCUUCAACAAAGAAUUGUACCACAACAUGAGCGAAGCGCAAUACAAGUCCCAAGGCAUCGUUGGCAUUUCACUAAUGGUCCAAAUUGGCGAAAAACCAAAUCCCGAGCUUAGAAUUAUAACAGCAACAUUUAACAAAGUCCACUAUAGAGGUUCAUCAACUCCAAUCAGACAUCUUUCAUUAAAAGCAUUAAUGCCGAAUACGGAGCAAUAUAUGACCUACGAAGGAUCAACCACUCAUCCCGGUUGCUGGGAAAGUGCUGUUUGGAUUAUUUAUAACAAACCAAUUUACAUAACAAAGCAGGAGUUGUAUGCCUUGAGAAAAUUAAUGCAAGGAUCCCAGGAAUCGCCCAAAGCACCGCUCGGCAACAAUGUAAGGCCGUUGCAGCAACUUCACUAUAGAACUGUUAGAACAAAUAUUGAUUUUCCUAGUAGUAGUGAUAAGACUCAAAAUUGUCCAAGCAUGUAUAAAGACAUGGCUUACAAAGCAACGCAGUGGAACCAUUUCUCACCACGCGAGUCCGUUUUUCAUCCAAUGCACUACCAGCCAACGAAAAACUACUAAAAAUGUCCCGAGUAUAAUAAUGAUUAAUGAAAAAAUAGGUGCUAAGAAUGUUUUGUAGACUAAAAAAAAAAUACUAAACGCAACGCUAAAUCUUCCUAACAUGUUAAUUAUAAAUAAAUUGAAAAAUGUGUUAUUUAAAUGAAAAAAAAUAUAUAUAAAAAAAGUAUAAAUAAAUAAAUUAAUAUUAAUUAACCCAGAAAAAAAUGCAAAUAAACACACAGUGCGAAAUAAAAUAAAUAAAAAUGUACAUUGUUAUAAAUUUCAGACUAUUUUUAGUUGAUAGUAGAAUUUAAUUGUAAAUAACUGGAAAUGUUACCUUUGAUUGGGGUAGACAAUA